AUGCAAUCUCAUUUAGAAAAUAAUGAUGCUGAUGAAAAUAUCAAACUAGACAAGUUGAACCAAAGCAUCUCUGAUGAGCCUAAUGCAUCUUUAGUAUCAGGGAAUAUCACUCUUCCCGAAGACAUGUUCAAGUCUCACUUUUAUUAUUUAUUAUACGAGAUUUCUCACUUUAAAUUAGGUAUGUUUUUUGUCAUUUUACUUGUAAUUUCAAUUUCAUCGGUUCUAAUCUUUAAUGUUAACGAUGGUAACCUCAUCGUAUUCAUAUUUUUGUUUUUGUUUUCAAUUUUUGGUUCAAUAGCGUCAUUGAUUACAUUUAACGAAUCGAUUAAAGAUGAAAACUUUAAAAUAAAACUGUUACUGGAGGUAAUAACACGUAAACCGCCGGUAGAGGGGAUAGAAUGGAGGACUAUUACACACAACAUGAAUCAAUAUAUAUGCGAUAAGGGAUAUUGGCCUACUCCAUACUACUUUUACUGUGAACAUGGUUGCUAUAAUAGUUUUCGUGACCUAAUUAAAGCAAAGAAUCCCGAUGCACAUUCAAAUCCAUCAACCGGCGAUGGGGCUGAUACACAAUUUAUUACGGAUGCGAGAGACGCUCCGAAUGAUGGCGACCCAAUUUUGGAAGAAUAUUUUAUUAAGGCAGCUGAAAUUCAAAAACAGGCCGUACGAGAAUAUUGGAAAAAGCAGUAUCCAGAUGCUGAUGUGCCUUAG